AUGGAUCCAUUCUCGUUUGCCGGCUACCAGCUUAGUGACAUCUACUCCCUGGGACUGGUACUUUGGGAAAUGGCCACUUGGGCUUUUCCGCCCAGUCGUCAUCCCGAAUGGUGGACCCCCGCGGUUCAAGUUCAACCCCUUCACCCAGCUCCAUUCUCUUCCUCCUCAUCAUGCUUUUGUUCCUCCUCAGCAUCAUCAUCAUCAUCAGCAUCAUCAGCAUCAUCAAGUUGUUCCUCUUCAGCCAUCUCCUCCGGCUACUCCGCCCUGCCCCUUCAAUCCGAGCCACUUACCACCCCUCCCAAUAGUCGAAGUGAAGCCGGAGAGAGCAUUGCACAUGUAGAAACUGCAGUUUCACUGGCAUGUGAAAAUCGGCAGAGCCGCCAACAUGUCUUUCAGACUCCCGACAAGGAUGACCUUCUGGCAAAUCGGAACCAGGCCUCCAUAAAAUUG